AUGUGGAGUGCCAUGGCUGCCCGGCUUCGGCUCGGGCUCCGGCUCCUUGCCCGGGAAAUGGAAAACGAUGACGGCGACAGGAACAAGAAGCGGAAAUGCAGUAAGCCUGCUCCGGUCGAGGGCGUUGCAGCUCUUCUGGUUUCUGGCCCUCUGAUUUCUGUUUUCUGCUUUUUUGUUUUUGUUUCUGCUUUUGCUUUUUGCUGUGGUUUCUGGUUGUGCCUCUGCUUUUGCGUUUAUGCUGGCAGCAAUAACCAAGUUAGCAGCAUCAUCAUCAACAUGGACGGCAGCAGCUGCAGCGGCAGCAGCAACGUCAUUAUCGGGCCUCCCGGCUCUCUAUUAACUUGGCCAAUUGCCAGGACAGUGGCCCAGUCGCUGAUGCAGACAAAAGGAACUUAUUCGCUUGCCGUUUGGCUUUCCCGUAGACAAAAUGCGGCGGAGGAUUCAGAAAUAGUCCUUAUAGUCCUUGGCCUGUCACGACAACGGAGUCUGCUUCUUUUUACAGUUAUUCCACUUUAGCCCGCUUUGGCAGGCAUGACACGAAAACGGGCAUCGGCACCGGAAGUCACGCGAGUGGCCAAGUCAUUGACAAAUGGCCGGGGCCGGGUAGCAGCUAGCUGCUAUUGUUUUACUUUUAUUUCUAUUUCUAUAACUUUGCGCCCGCGAAUUGGCCCAGUUAGUCUGUUUCUGGUCUCUGGUCUGUCUUAGGCCUGCUACUGCAGUGGC